AUGCCGGAUCAGGGGCCAGGAGGGAUGUUUGAGAUCGGCGCCUGCGUGGUGAUCCACGGCCUGGAUGGGAAGGAGGGCGCCGAAGCAGAGAUUACCUCGUUUGACGAUGCUUCUGCUACCUUCGAGUGCAAGAUGCUUGCUGAAGAUUUGGACGGCGAGAAGGUCUAUUGCAAGGCAGAAAACAUGAAGCUGGCCUCGGAGGUAGAUCCGGAUCAGAGGCUUGCUGACCUUGUGAAGGGAAAGGCCGCUGACAGGAGUGACAGUAGCUCUGAAAAGCGCAAAAGCAAAAAGAAGAGCAAGAAAAAGAAGAAGAAGAGCAGCAGCAGCUCCAGCAGCCGGAGCAGUAGCAGCACCAAUGCGCCCAACCGCAAGAAGCGUGGCACUAUGUUCAACAGAUCAGCUUUGGAGGUUGCUGAGAAGAGUGCAAAGCGGGGAAAGCGAGACCGCGAAGGUGGGGCGGCAGCAGCGGCUGCCUUGCUGGGACUCCGAUGA